CAAAUUUGUGCGGUUGCGCUUUUAUUGUGAAAUGCAAUAGAACCGGAAGUUGUCCCUUGUCAUAUUAGCUCGACUAGCAAUGGACCGGUCUGGAGAAACGGUGUGGAGGACACCCCGGGUAUGUGAUGACUACUGGAGUGAAUUCAGACAUUGUAAAAGCUUUUGGAAUCGUUUUCACAAUUAUUACGCUUUCGGUGCCGCCCCAUCCUGCCAGCAGUGGAAAGAGGACUACAAUAACUGCAUAGAGUGGGAGAAAUACAGAAGUGCUGCUGCCAAGGAAGCCUUGCAGACAAGUGAGAGGAACAGAGUGGCAGAGCAGACAAAGUUCACCCCAUUGUGGAAACUGAGGCAAGGCCCUCCAAAAGACUGGCACCUGCCUCUGAACCAGGGAAAGCCUGAGGACUCAUGAACUGUCAUAAUUAACCUGCUGUGGCCAAAACAAAGUGAAAUGAAGACAUUGAUAUUCUUGUCAAUGAUGGACUUAGUGAAAUUGUUAAGAGCCACAUGCUGGAGAGAUUGUACAUCAUUCAUUUCCAUCCCAAGUUCUAUUCAGGGAGCUGCUACAUGAAAACUCAUGGCAGCAGCAUCUAGUGGUCGAUAAUGAGGAUGACAGCGUGUUUUCAACCAGUGAAUUAUAAUAUAUAAGGAAGUGUUGUUUCUUGCCAACUGAAGCACAACUACAAAUGCCUUGUUUUACGAAAGAAAAAGGCGAUAUUGGCUCAAAGUAAUGAAGGAUCUGUUGUGCAUAGUUGUGAUAUGGGUUAAACUCACAACGGGUCAGAUUUUGUCAGCAUCACACAGGAGAGUUGGCCCUUGUAAGCUUGUCAGCAAUUCACAGUAACAUUGAACACAUUGUCAACCAAGGUAAAUGUGGGUAUUUGACAUAGUAGACACUCCUCUGUGAUUAUGUGAUUACAUACAACAUUAUCGAUGGAUUAUCUGUCAGAAUUCAAAU